AUGUCACUCUCUACAGUAGCUUCCGGCGUCGGCGUUCUCGAGCUCCCUUGCUCCCGUCUAUUGCCAAUCUCAAGCACCCAAAUCCAUUUUCUCACUGUCAACGCCAGAAAACAAUCUAGACGCAGACGCGAGCUCUCCUUCAUCCCUAUUCCGUUACUUAUCCACUCGAAUCAUCGUCUCCGUCACGGUUUCUCCAAACCCAAUCCGAGUUUCGAUCGUGCCCACUGUACUGGAGAAGCAGGACACUCCGAUACCACGAAGAAAAGCUCCGUCGCUUCUUUUGAAGAUGGUGAAGAAGUGAGAAGCGAAAGCUCUUCUUCAGGUCUUGGUGAUAGCUAUGUGGCCUUGUUUGUGCGGAUGCUAGGUUUAGACAACGAUCCUCUUGACAGAGAACAAGCUGUAGAUGCGCUAUGGAAGUACUCUUUAGGUGGGAAGAAGUGUGUUGAUGCGAUUAUGCAGUUUCAUGGCUGUUUGAAUCUCAUUGUCAAUCUUCUCAAGUCUGAGUCUAGCUCCACCUGUGAAGCUGCUGCGGGGCUGAUUCGGUCUAUAGCUUCCGUGAAUCUGUAUAGAGAAUCGGUUGCUGAGAGUGGAGCGUUGGAAGAGAUAACAGCUUUAUUGAGCAGGCCUUCGUUAGCUACAGUGGUGAAGGAACAAAGUAUAUGUGCUUUGUGGAAUCUGACUGUGGAUGAAGAAAUUAGGGAAAAGGUUGCUGACUUUGAUAUCCUUAGGCUACUCAUUAGUUUCCUUGAAGAUGAUGAUGUAAAUGUAAAAGAAGCAGCUGGUGGCGUCUUGGCUAAUUUAGCUCUUAGCCGCUCCAACCAUAAGAUUAUGGUGGAAGUAGGAGUCAUACCCAAACUGGCAAAGCUGUUGAGAGGCGAUAACUCAGAUAACAAAGGGUCAAAAGUUAUUAGAAAAGAGGCAAGAAAUGUGCUUUUGGAGCUAGCCAAAGACGAAUACUACAGAAUUCUCGUCAUUGAGGAGGGUGUGGUACCCAUUCCCAUAAUUGGUGCAGACGCUUACAAGUCCUUUAGACCGGAUCUGUACUCUUGGCCUAGUUUACCAGAUGGCAUAAAAGUCGAGCAGACAGCAAAAGCACCUUCAAGAUUUGGUGCCUCUGAGCUGCUCCUUGGUUUAAACGUUGACAAGGACGUUGACGAAGUAGACGAAGCCAAAAUGAAAGCAAUAGUUGGGAGGACAAAUCAGCAGUUCCUUGCCCGUAUUGGAGCGAUUGAAUUCGAGAAGGAAAUAAAAUCCGAAGGCUCCGUGAAAUCUCAGCAGCAGCAGCAGCAGCUUACUCUUCUUCCUUGCGUUGAUGGUGUGGCUCGUUUGGUACUGAUGCUUGGAUUGGCAGAUGAAAUGGCAGUGACAAGAGCUGCAGAGUCAGUUGCUGAUGCAUCUGUCAAUGAGGAUAUGCGGGUUUCGUUCAUGGAAGCCGGAGCUGUAAAGCCUUUAGUUCAGCUUUUAGCCAACAACAACAAAGAGUCUGUUAAAUUACCCGUCAUCCGUGCUUUGAAAAACUUAUCUCUUAGCCGCACUGUUUGCCAGAGGAUUGAAGCUGAAGGGACAGUACCGUUUCUUAUGAAUCUUCUGAAGCAGCCUGAGAUCUCACUAAGCGUUACAGAACAGAUUCUAGAUAUACUUGCUCACAUCUUAGAUCCUAGCAAGGAAAUGCACUCCAAGUUUUUUGAAGGACCAGUGAACGGAUCAAAAGCAGAGUCCAGAAAGGAAGUUGUGGACGCUGCUGUUAUUUCUCGCCUCGUCCAGAUUGCGAAGACAGCUUCUCCUAACCUGCUAAGAAAGGCAAUCUCCAUCAUCGAGUUUGGUACAGUCGUUAAUCCAAACAUGGACGCAAUCAUCUCCGAGGAUAUCACAACUGUUCUGAAUAUUGCUCUCCACCAGAAAGUCCUGGAAGAGCCUGAGAACGAGGCAGAGGAGUUAGAGAAACAUUUGCUUGAGCUAGAAGAAGCUGGCUUGACAAUCUCCGCUGCUUCAAGGCUACUGACAAAGCUCCUCGACUCUGAGUCCUUUCGACAAACCAAUGAUACGAAGCUCUUCACGGAAUUACUCAGAAAGAUCCUUAGAUCAAACCUCCCUCUACAUUACAAAGACUCUGUCGCCAACUGUCUUGUCAAACUCGCCUCUCCUUCCUCUCUUCCCCAAUCCCUUAACAAUCCAAUCAACGUUGAGGUAACUCUCUACAAGACGAUCCCAAGACUUGUGGAACAGAUGAGCUUUCCUUCAUCACCAGAGGCGAAAGAAGAAGCGGUUUUGGAAGUAAACAGGAUAGUCUCUGAAGGAGAAGUUCCAGAGUCGACACAAGCUCUUGCUUCACAUGGAGGCAUCGAGCCGCUCGUGAAGCUUCUAGAAGAAAGGAGCGACCGGUGCGUUGAAGCGAGUUUGUCAGUGUUGUAUAACCUGAGCAUGGACAGUGAGAACCACACGGCCAUUAUAAGAGCAGGAGCUGUGCCAGUCUUGAGACGGAUCGUUAUGUCUCAGAGAUCAAAUUGGAAUCUAGCUCUUAGGUUGCUUAGAGAUUUACCCGUUUGA